GCUAUUUGGGUUUAAGUUCAGCUUUAUCUAUCAGCCUUUCCUGUUUCAGUUAUGAGCAUUGACCAUUUUCAUUCAUCUAUGACGAAUUCACAAUUGAUUUUCUUUAUCUUGUCCGUCAUUUCAUUUUGUUAUUCUGCCAAGGGUGACCAAUUCAAAAACUGUAGUCUUCUUUACAAUUGUGGAACCUUAAUGGGCAUAGGAUAUCCUUUCUCGGGAGGUGAUCGGCCAAACUAUUGUGGUCGCAGAGGCUUCGAACUGUCCUGUGCGAAUGACCAGUACACACAUAUUUGGUUUGAUCUUGUAGCCUACCGUGUAUUAGGAAUUGAUCCACUAGUUCGAAAGAUGACAGUUGCUCGGCUUGAUCUUUGGGAAGAUAUUUGUCCGGUAUCAGUUAAUCGAAUUAAAGAUUCCACCUUGUCAAAAUUAAAUCCCGGUUCAGACAGAAGGUUUAGGAAUAUCCACAUUUUCUAUGGUUGCACUUCUGAGGUUAUUGCCAAAGUACAAAUUCAGAGUAAUGUGUCGUGCUCAAUAUUUGGAGAGAACAGUGGUGUCUUUUUUGCAGGUGAAUUUGUAUCUAGUGCUCCUGGAUGUACGACCAGCAUGGUUGUUUCCAUUCAGUUUGCAGCUUAUAUUGAUCUCUGGGACAGAAAAAUAACACUUCAACAAGCUCUUAAACAGGGAGUUGAUGUGGAGUAUGAUACCUUGGAAGCUUGCUCAUCAUGCGAGGCUUCGGGUGGUAAAUGUGGAUCUGAUUCAACUUACGAAUUUAUUUGUAUCUGUCAAGAUCAAUCCCAUCCAAAGGUUUGCCCUAAACAUGGAAAGGGGCGUUGGUUGAAGCGGAUGAUUGGAGCUAUAAUGGCUGGAAUAGGAAUACUAUCCUGUUCAGUAAUCUGCUAUUGUUAUUACAAAAAAUAUUCAAAGAAAACUGCGCUUUUCUUGUUUUCAAGAAAAACAGAUGAUAAAGAACUCGAAGCCUUUCUUGAAGAACAUGGAUCUCUCGUACCUAAAAGAUACAGCUACACUGAUAUCAAGAAAAUGACACAUUACUUCAAAGAGAAACUUGGUCAUGGAGGAUAUGGUGAGGUCUACCGAGGAAAUCUUUUUGACAAGCGUCCAGUGGCAAUAAAAGUUUUAAGUAUGACCAAAGGAAAUGGAGAGGAAUUUAUUAAUGAGGUUGUAAGCAUUAGCAAAACUUCCCAUGUUAAUGUGGUCAAUCUUGUUGGAUUUUGCCUUGAUGGUCGUAAAAGAGCUCUAGUGUAUGAAUUCAUGCCAAAUGGAUCACUUGAAAAGUAUAUCCAUCAUGACAGCAAGUCCUAUUUGGGAUUGGAAAGGCUGCAUGAAAUUGCUAUUGGAAUAGGUCGAGGGCUAGAGUACUUGCAUGGAGGAUGCAACACGCGCAUUUUACACUUGGACAUAAAACCUCAUAAUAUUCUGCUUGAUGAAGAAUAUUGUCCUAAGAUAUCUGAUUUUGGGCUGGCGAAACUAUGUGCUCGAAAUGAGAGUGUUCUAUCGAUGUCAGGAGCUAGAGGAACCAUUGGCUAUAUUGCUCCUGAAGUGUUCAGUAGGAACUUUGGUGGAGUCUCCUAUAAAUCUGAUGUCUAUAGCUAUGGAAUGAUGAUCCUUGAAAUGGCUGGAGGAAGGAAAAAUGCAAUAAACGUUCAAUUAAGCAAUUCAAGUGAGGCAUAUUUUCCAGAUUGGCUAUAUGAUCGAGUUCUGAUUGAUGAAGACCUAAAACUGCAUGGUCAUACUAUGACAAAAGAAGAAAAUGACAUUGCAAGGAAGAUGAUAUUGGUAGGCCUAUGGUGUAUACAGACUAAUCCAUCGCAUAGGCCGAAAAUGAGCAAGGUUAUUGAUAUGCUGGAAGGUAGCUUAAUGUCGUUGGAAGUUCCCCCAAAACCAUUCUUCUCUUCACCUUCAAGAUCAGAAGGAGGAUCUUUGGAGAUGACAUUGCUGCCACAAACAAUUUUACCUACCUCUUCUAGUUCACCAGCUGAUUCUGGCACCAGAUAAGCAUAAAUCACACUUUUAAUGUAUUUUUAAGCCUAAAGUAGACACUUCAGUAUAUAUGCUAGUCUUUGAAGCAUCAAAAAAAUUUAUGCAACACAUGGAUGCAGACUUGGAAAGUUCAUCAGUCGAUGAGAACUUCACAAAUUCAGUCUGCAAUGAUUGUAUCUGCUGAGCACUGGUAAGCACAAGAAAAUUGACUGGAUGACAAAUAUGUCUCUGGUUUUUCCGGGCUUCUGGGAUUUAACAUUCAAAUCAGAUAGGAGAAAAUUCCUAUAAUUUG